AUGCUGGACCUGGCUCAAAAAGCCGAGCUUGCCCGUUGUAACCCCGUUACAGUUUGGAUCCAUUCACUUCGUAGAAGUGUUCUGUGGCAUCUCGCCGCGGAUUCUCAGAUAAGUUGGACCUGGCUCAAAAAGCCGAGCUUGCCCGUCUACAGUACACGGUCGCAGCGACUUGCGAUGACGUCGCUUCAGACUAAUCACGCUGUGAAUAUGGACUUGGCUCAGCGAGGAUCGUCACUGCGCUUCGAUGAACGCAAAGGGGGGAAUGAGCUUGUACGCACCACCAAGCUGCGAAAGCGGUAG